UAUUUUUCGUUACAAGCAAAUUCAAGUCCAACAUGACAGACACAGUUGUUGCAACCCCGGCACCAGUCGUCGCAUCGCCGACCUCGAAGAAAYCACCUGCAAAGAAGAAGACUGCUGCUUCUAAAGCAUCGAAGUCUACUGCACUGCAUCCGAGUACGGCCGUGAUGGUCACCAAAGCCAUCAAAGAACUCAAUGAGAAAAAAGGUUCGUCGUUGCCGGCCAUCAAAAAAUACUUGGCUGCCAACUACAAAGUUGACCCCGCCAAGUUGGCUCYGUUCAUCAGAAAAUUUCUGAAAGCGGCCGUCGCCAACGGUUCCGUGGUGCAGACCAAAGGCACUGGUGCAUCUGGACAUUUCAAGUUACCCGUAGUGGAGGCAAAACCGAAGAAGGUCGUAGCGAAAAAGAAGAAAUCGCUUGUCAAGAAAGUGAAAGCCGCUGGAACACCGAAGAAGAAGUUACCGGCCACGAAGAAACCCACGACCGGCGGACCAGCAGCCAAAAAAGCAAAGAAAGCUGUUGUAGCGCCCAAAAAACCAAAGACGGCGAUAAAACCGAAGAAGUCUCCGGUGAAAGCAAAAAAGCCAGCUGCUGUCAAACCGAAGACGAAAAAGUCUCCGACUAAGAAAACCACUGCCCCCAAGAAGAAGUAAAAUG